GCGAGUGCACCUGUCCCCUGACUGGCGCUAUUCCUGCUCUAUAUAGGCGCACAUCUUUCCUGUGCUGAACUGGCCCCGCUAGCAGCGCUACAUACAGGGAGGAGCCCCGUGCGUCGGUGCAACUGUGCCUGUGUAUGUAGAGCAUCAUUAAGUUGCGCCAGGGGUUUGCCUGCCAGCCUGCCCCUCUCAUUCUCAUGGGCUCGGGAGGGAGGGACUCGCUAAUGAAUCAUCGUCACCACUGAGCAGGGGCAUCGCCUGUGUGUAAAGGAGGGACGUGCCCCCACGGGACAGUAAGGGCGGUUUCCUGUGCUCAUCACUAGGGGCUGGGAAUAGCCUGUAUCUGCUCCAGGGUGGGCUGCAAACUAUCUCACUACCCUGCCUGCCGCCUGAGGAUGCCACGACCUGCCCAUGUCUGACACCAGCUGAUCCCACACACGUGCUGCUGCUGCUGCUGAUGUCCAGGAGACUGGAUAAUAUUGCCAUGGCUACUUCUAAUCUAGAGAACCAGCUGCAGAGUGCCCAGAAGAAUCUACUGUUUUUGCAGCAGGAACAUGCCAACACGCUGCGAGGCCUGCACACAGAGAUCCGCCGGCUCCAGCAGCACUGCACAGAUCUGACAUGUGAAUUAAUUCUUAAAAGCCCUGAUGACACGGGAACUGGUAUGUCCAGAAGCCACGAAUUAAGGAGGAAAUGUGAGGAACUGGAAGCUCAGCUGAAAUUCAAAGAAACUGAGAAUAAUGAGUUGCUAAAAGACCUGGAACAGAAAAAUGCAAUGAUUAUGGUACUGGAAAACACAAUUAAGGAACGAGAAAAAAAGUAUUUAGAAGAACUGAAAGUGAAGAGCCACAAGCUCAACAUGCUUUCCAGUGAACUAGAGCAGAGAGCCGGCACCAUUGCGUAUCUCACCUCCCAACUCCAUGCAACCAAGAAAAAGCUACUGAGUUCUACUAGUGGGACAACUGAUAUUGCACCACCCGGUAGCCCAGUACUUUCCAGUUACAAGCCAUCCCCUCCCAAAGAAAAACUACCAGAGACUCCAAGGCGCAGGAUGAAAAAGAGCCUCUCUGCUCCCCUCAAUGCUGACUUUGCAGAAGUCUACAGGCUCGGAGCAGAUGGCAGAAAAAUAAUGCUGCGAGAGUCUGUGGAUGCCAUGCCUGACCCAACUCCAUUUUUAUUGGCAAGGCAAUCCAUAGAAACACAUAUGAUCAAAGAGAGGCCUCUAGUUAUCCCUCCCAUUCGCUCUGACUCCAGCAGUCCAGCCAAAGAGAAGAAGCCAAAGGCCCAUAUUGGAGUCGCCCAUCGCAUCCCCCAUGCAACUUCUGUGCCGAGCCAAGUCAUUCCUCAGCCCGAGGUGGAAACAUUAGCAGUGGAUCAAGUUAAUGGAAGCAAAGUAGUAAGGAAACACUCAGGAACUGACAGAACUAUUUAGGGCACACGUUAAUGCAAUGAGUAACCAUAAAUAUGCUUUUUAUUUACUGUGUUGCCAGGCAGGAUAUAAGGGUGAUUUUGUUUCUGAUGUACUAUUGUCCCCUGCAUGCCAAAUAUAAACCGAGUCUCCGAUGAUAAAAUGAAAGGGGCUGCCUUAAGCACCAAUUGCAAAUUACUCCUCGUUAGCGAAGUGCUGCUGUUACAUGUCUACUUAAUGCUUGCUACCAGUAUGUGCAAUAUCUGUGUGUGCUGGACGAAGCACAAUAUACACACAACUACUUACUACUAGUCAGCUCUAAUAUUAUACAGACGAGACAAGCAUUACAGUUACAGCGUCUUGCUACUUCCUACUAUGUAUUUCCCAUGCUGCAGUACAAUGCCUUUCUUAGGCGGCACUAAUAAUAAUAUUAAUGUAUGUGUAAGUAAGUUAGAUUUAAGACUACUGAUGUUUUUUUUUUUUUCUAAGCUACUCUGUGUUUCUAUACAUUUUUGUAUGUUUACAGCUUUUCUGUGAAGGUGUAAUGUGAAUUAAGGACAGAGCUAAUUUUGGCUGUACCACAUUUAGUAUGGGAUGACCUUUUCAAAUUCUUACUAUUGCUCCUUAGAAAUAAUCCUACAAGACGAGUCUUGCCACAACUGGAUAUAUCACAUUAGCAGAUCUGUAUGAGUUUCUGCUUCAUACCACAGCAUUUAUGCCUCUAGUGGGUUUUGCAAAAACAUGCAGUUUUGUACGUUGACAAUGAGUCUUGAUUAUUGGUUAGACAGUUAUAGUCAUUUGCUUUCAUUUAUAGCACCUUCUCACAGUUUAAGUAGCAGUUCUGACAUACAGUAAACUAUGUUAAAACAUGAAUGUAACUAUAAUCAGUAUAAAUGAAAUUAAGGGGUGGAACUAUCCACGGUGCCACCAAGGCAUUGGCUCUGGGGUUCAGGAGCCCUUCUGUGGUUCCCCAUUGGGCAAGGAAGGAUAUGAUGAAUGUUUUGCACUAGGGACUUUUAUAGUCUUGUGUUGCCACUAGUAAAUAUACACAAAGUGCAGGCUGCCAGCUGUUUGCAGGAUGAACAGCCCUGAUAUAAGAUACCCCUUGACUAAAGCUGCAUGAAGACACAAGGCUGCUGGGUAUCAGUGUAUCUAUCACAGACCAUAUUACGAGUACAUGUCCUGCAUCACACAAGAUAAUUACUGAAAAUGUACCUGAUAUCUGCACUAUACCCUCCAUUGGCUUCUGUCUACAAUGAGGGUAAAUAUAUCCUGUAGCGUUUGAUAAAGGGAAACCCCAUUACUGUUUA